AUGGAGUCAACUCACAAAGAAAAACUCGUGGCAGCUAAGAAUAAAUUGCAUCAGAUGCAUCUAGAAGCUGAGGAAAAGAAGAGGAUGCAGGCGGAAAAAGAAAGAAUACAAGCUGAGGAUAGGGCGAAACGAGCAGGCUCCCGCGCUCCACAUCCCUUCCAAUUCCCGGGAAGCACGUCAACUAAUCAGCUACCCGAUGGCACGUCAACUGGUGGAACCACCAACGCGGAUAACGACGGUGACCCCAUCGAGCAGCCGGGCACGGGAGAAGGAUCGGGGAUCGCCAAUGGUGAAGAAGGGGACAACGAGUCCUCGGAGGUGGAAGACGUCUCUGGAGAUUUCAAGUCAGCCUUAAAGAAAAGGAAGAAGAGAGUGUUGCAAGAUGGCUCACCGGUUUCUCAACAGUCGUGGAGGCCAUCAAUCUCCAUGUACACCGGCCCCUUGGUUUUCCUUUCUCCCUCGUUCAAGGGCUCCUGCAGGGUUUCUUCAUUUGCCCGAGCAAAGUUCUCAACCCAGACAAUUACGAUGCUAAGAAGAUUCCCAAACCAACAGAUGUGUUCAAAUUGUCCUACUUCACGCACAUCUACAAAAUGGUGA